AGCACACCGCUGACACGCCAAACCAAGGGGUCCUUAAUACGCUGUCGUUUAAACUGUCAACCCGUUUGCGCUGACUGUGGCCUCCUGGCUGUGCAAACUGCAAAGCGAGUGAGCCACAAAAGAAAAACCAGGGCUAAAGCUUGACGAACAAAACAAGUCUCUCUCUCUUGAAUGUAUCUCUUGUGAGAGUCUUAUUUUUGUUAUUUUAAUUUUUACCUCUCCUAGAAGUCUAGAACCGAAACGGUUUCGUUUCAUGCUGAAAGAAAAUAGAUAUUGCUUUCAAGAAAUUCAAUCAGAUCUGUACAAUACAAAUAACUAGUUAUCCAUCUGUCCAUUUUUGCACGGAUUCAAUACAUAUCCUCUUUUUGGUUCGUACUCUCUCUUCUCUUCUCCUCUCCUCUCCUUGCCUUUUCUUUCUUUUCUUUUUUUCUGAUUUUUUUUUGUCAUAUAGAGAUUGAAUUCUGUUUUAUCUAUUUGCUUCUGCUUUAUGUGAUCAUUUUGGCUUUUGAUCGUUUCUGAUUUGUUAUGCAGCCCUAUGUUGGUGUUUUUGCUUUAAUUAUUUGCUUAAUUUAUUUGUUGAUUAUUGCAGGAUUUUUCUAGUUCUUAUCUUUCAAGUUUGAAAUUUCUUCACUGGUUGCAAAUUUGUGGUCUGAUUCACAGGAUUUUAUAAUCUAAUGCCGAGGAGACACUGAUAUCAGAAGUUUAGUUAUCAUGUUUGUGCUUAUUUGUAUUUAUGUUUUGACUGUAGUUGUUAAUGAACUUCUAUUACUUUUUUUUUUUAUACUUGAUCCGCUUAUCACUGUGCUUUUUGUACAAUCUUGUUUCAUUUCCUUGUAAACUUAAAGCCAGUUUGCUUGUAAAGGUUGUUUUCCAGGGAAGCUACCAUUUUGUUGUCUUAUGCCUGUUAAAGCGAUGUUUUUGUGGUAAAUUUUAAGGGUCGCAGGCAUUUAUUAUUAAAGUUGCAUCUCAUAACAAUCUCUCAAUUUAACUGGUUAUUCAUUGGUUAAUGUUUUGGAAAAAGUACCAUAACUUCCAAAAGUAAAUUUGAUUUGCCUUUAUAGAACGAUGCACGAGAAGAUGUUAAAUGCUAAGUUGCAAACAAAAAUGUGCUUUUGGUUUUUAUUACUUAGGCAUUUGCUUAUGGGUCUUUCACAGUAAGAUGAUCUUGCAAAGUAUAAUUCUGUGUGUUUAUUGUUGGAUGUUGUUGAAUCAUUUUUGGCUUUUUUUGGCAUUUAUAACUUGUUCCUGUGAUCAAGUUUUUUUAUCUAUACUAUAUAUAUUAAUAAUUUAUUUGUAAUUAUCUUAAUCUUGUGAAGAAGAUUUAGAUUAUUUAGUCUUCAUUGUUUGAUUGAUUGAUCACAUAAAAAGUUCUAGCAAUCUUUGUUUUUGUUUAAUUAAAGUAAUCUUCAUUCAGUCUUGCUUACGACUUUACAUUGUAAUUUUGUUGAGAAUUUUUGAAUACUCUACCAGUUUGUCCUACUUGCUUCAUCCUUGGUGGAUUUUUUUGUGGAGUUUUUCAAGUUUCCUUUCUUAAUUAGUAUACAAACUAAUUUUAACAUUGAUUUGUAUGUAAGCAUAAUUAAACACUUGCUAUUCCUAAGUUCUUCCCCAGUUUUUUCCUUCUUGAAUGCUAUCAUGUUUCUAUAUAUAAAACUAGUUAUUCAUAUUUUAGAACUUCAAAAUGCAAAUUCCUUGUGGUAUAAUCAGUAGUUUGAAAUUUGUCAUAAACAAAAAGUUCAAGCCUAGCUUCCACUAUGCUGAAAAGAUUUUUUUUUUUGACAAAUUUCACAUGAUCAAAUUCUAGGACUGCAUAUUCCCUGAAUCUCUGUGAGCUUUACGUUCUUUCUUAGUCUCAUUGACUGUUAGGGCUUAAAGUUUUCAUCAUUUAUUCCGACUCAUGUUCAUGCUGACAAGGCAACCAAGGUUUACUUUUAUCUCAUUUAAGAACAAGCUUAACAGUCUAUCCUUGGAUGCCGAUUCAAUGCUAACCACAGUUUCUUAUGCACAGAAGAUGUGUUAGAACAAAGAAGAGUGAUGGCAGUAGCAGAAGCGAGGGCUGUGUGGCAAAGAACAGCUAAUCGUUGUUUUGUCCAAGAAGAUGCCAAAAGGGCUCCCAAGUUAGCUUGCUGCCAAUCAUCAUCUUCAUCAUCAAAACAGGUUGAUGGGGUACCAACAAAUGCAGCAGACAUACCAGAUAAUCCUGCUGUAGGUUUCAUGCCUCUCCCCAGGAACUCCUCAUAUUCCAACCUUUCCCCUGAUACAAGAUGGUGGCUUCAGCUGCAACCUAGCUAUGGGUACCAAAAAGGUUUGACAUGUGAUCAGUUAAAUGCCUUGGAGGCUGAGAUGGAAAGCCUGAGAGCUGAAAUUGUAAACUCACCCUCUAAACUUGGUGAUGUUCUCCCACAUGAUGACAGACACAGCACAUGUUUAGACGGCAACAUGAAUAGUGAAUCUUCCUUUGAUGCACAUUGUAGGAUCUCUGCUGAUAGAAUGAUUAAUGAUCCUGAAGUUAAUAAUCAAGAGGCAAAUACUCUAUAUGAUAAGAAUGACCUAGAAUUUAUUGAACUUAAGGACACAAGAGAGAACUUCAAAUGGAUGGAUAUGGAUCCAAUUGAAUGUCCCCAAAAAAGCAAUGAGUAUUGUUUUGAUCCAGAAUCACCUUGGAUUGGGGGUGCGAAGAAUGUGCCAUGGUGGCGUACAACAGAUAAAGAUGACUUGGCCUCUUUGGUUGCACAGAAGUCUCUUGACUACAUUGAGAAUUGUGACCUUCCCCCACCUCAAAAGCUGUGUGUUAGGAGAUAUCCAUGUGGCCGUCCUGUAUCUUCUGAUCAGGUGCAUGACUGUCCCAAUUCUGAAACCAUGAAAGGAAGACAGAAGACUGCAAUUGAAGGGCAGUUACAAAGCAGUUCUGAAAAGCUUUUCAGUUAUACCGCAUCUCAUAAAGAUACAACAGAAAUUGGACAACUUCCUCAGGGUGAUCCGUCUAAGGCUCAGCUCCUGGAAGCACUCCGUCAUUCUCAAACACGAGCCAGGGAAGCUGAAAAGGUGGCAAGGCAGGCCUGUGCUGAAAAGGAACACGUCAUUAAGCUGUUCUUUAGACAAGCCUCACAGCUUUUUGCCUAUAAGCAAUGGUUCCAGUUGCUGCAGCUUGAAACCCUUUAUUACCAGGUGAAGAAUGGUGGCCAGCCAAUGUCCACUCUAUUCCCUGUAGUUCUUCCAUGGAUGCCUCGCAAAGGCAGGAAACUUCAAAAGAGCUGGCAAAAGUCCACAAGGAGCAAACGAGGCAAGCUUGGCCGACCAAGUCAUGACAUUAGCAAGUAUGCUGUUGCAUUUGCGCUGGGGUUGAGUCUUGUUGGUGCUGGCUUGCUCCUGGGAUGGACUGUAGGGUGGAUGUUGCCUUUGUGAGUUUCAGCAAAAUUUCCUACUUACUAAAAUUUAUUUGAGGGAAACUGGUUGGAUUAAAUCUUAGAUGUGUUAGUUUUUUUUUGUAUAUUCUGCUUUGUUUGCGUACCUGGUGUACAACUGAUUUAGGGGUUGGGGUAAUGUGAAUAUGGUGGGGUAGAUGUUCUGUCAAUGGAAAAUCUCAUCAAAUGUCCCUUUUUGAUUAUCUGUACAUUUGAUUUAAAUCUUAUUUUCAGUGUCUAUGCAGGAAAUCCUCAAGGCAUUGUAAAUUUGGGAAAUAGACACUGCCUUGCUUUUGAUAA